CAGCGACAGCGACAGCGACAGCGACAGCGAGCAGCAGCAGUAGCAGCAGCAGCAGCAGCAGCAGAAACACAUGCAGCACGACGACCCCGUUCCUCCAGGGCCUCUCGUCCAGGGAUCUUCUGCACGGCACCAGCAGCUCUAGCAGCUUCCAGCACCACUUCUCGCAGCAGGUCGGGCCCGUGAUGAAAUUGGUCCGCAUCCCAGCCUCCACCGACGCGGCCAGACAGGAAACGGAGCCCUCGGCCAAGAAGAAACCAUCAGAACGCAGGUGCUCCGGACCCGAGAAUCCAUGGAUAGGCCCACGGCUCCCACGGCCUGUGAGCCUUUGCUCCCACGGCGCGCCCGUGGUGGUGGCCCGCGCAUUAACUGUCUUGUCGCCGCGCCCCCUUAGCUCUACCCCAUGGCAAGCCACGUCGAAGGCUGCCCAUCCCCUUCAUCUUUUUCGCUGGCGCUUCUUACACGACGCUGGGCCAGGGGUGUCGUCGCGAGGUGGAUGGUGGAAGUUUCGCCGAUCCGCUACAAUCUCGAGCGCCGUUGUGUUGAGCCCUUCUGCCGCGACGGCCCAUGAGCCACACAAGCCGCCUCAAUCCGUUGGCCUCACCUUACCCGCAUCGAUCCUCGCCCCUCUAUGUUCUCUAAUAAGUCAUCCCUCACACAGCCAGCCUAAUAAUUGCCGCCAUUCUGGUCUAUCUUAACACACCCCCAACUAGUUGUCAAGGGCUAUGGCCUGGCACCGUACUUCAGCUGCCCUGGAUCAUCUCUUUACGCCGUCUUCGAGCCAUGUCUAGCAUGAGAUUCUGAUCCCAUUCUCUUCGCCUUACUUUAUCCUUCGCUCUCGUCUCAUACACACCCCCCCUCCUCUCUCCUCACUUGGUCCCAUCCCCUUCCUUAUUCCCCAGUCCACUUCAAAUCACUCAUCCUCUUGCCCCUGCCAUUCUCCGCGGACCCGGGCGUGUCGGUACUGGGCCAGCAGCUCGAUUUCCUUCCGACU